CGCGACGGUGUUAAGCAUGUUUUCCGUCGCCUGUGUCGGAAGCGGCGUUGAGCCGGGUGACGCGGGGCAUCAAAACAAGCCGACCCACACCCUUUUUUUCCCCCGCUCAACUCCCGUAGCCGGGGUAUUUGGGUCAGACGUCGGAGUCGUUUAAACUGUUGUGGGCUCGGAUAACUUUCGGCAGCUCCAGGGAGCGUUCCUAAUUACAUCACCGGAAAUCAUGAAACGCGUCGUUAUGCCGACGGCCCGCAAGCCUUAAAAUGGGAGCCGCAGUUGUUGCUGGGAUACCGACGAAGCGAACCUCCGGCUGUUGCUAGGAGACCGUACACAAACCCCGGAGAGGAAUCCACUUCCAGGACGUUCGCUCACACAGUUGGACAAAGUGACAGAAAUCCCACAAAACAGUAGAAGAAGGUGGAAGAAGGUGGAAUCAUGCCAAAGAAGGCAGGUAAAAAAGGUGGAGGAGAUAAGAUGGCCAGAAUGACUGAAGAGGAGAAGCUCCUCUAUAUGCAACAGAGAGCCCAGGCUGAGGAAGAGAGGGCUAGAAGGAAAGAAGAAAUGCUCACUCAAUUCCUUAAAGAUAAGUUAGAGAAGGAGGAGAAGAACAGUGCUGUCAACCUACUCAAAGUGACCCAGCAAUGGCGAGCAGUUCUCCGCCAAGACCGAGCGGCUCAUCUCCGUCAGGAGAUCGAUGUGCUCAGCCGGACCUUUGAGAGGGUGCUUGAUCGCAAGGACAAUGUCAUCAAGUGUUUGGUGAGUGACCUGAAUGAGGUGGAGUGGCAGUCUGCCGAUGCGAUACGCUCUCAUCUUUGGUGUGUGGACAGACUGCUGGCUCUGCAGAAGGCCAGACUGGCGUCUCUGGAGCACCAGUGGAAGAGUAUUUUGGCAGAGCUGAGCUCCGAGUUCAACUCUGAGAGAGAGCAGAUCUUGUCGUUGCAUCGGCAAGAAUGCAAAUACUUGGAUCAGGUGAUUCUCUCCAUGGAGCAUGAGUACAGUCUGAUCGAGAGUGAGGCCUUACAGGGAUACCAGAGCAUUCGGGAUGACAUCAAACAUCGGAGCAUCGAGGAGCGGCAUGCCCUGCGGGUCCAGCUGGAGGGCAGGGUUGAGAGCCUGUGGCGUCAGGUCCAGGAGGCCCAGCAGAGCUACGGCGAGGCCACUAAAGAUCAUUGCAUUGCUUUUGAGGCACUUCGCUGCCGAGACCAAAACAACACCACAGAGAUUGAAGCAAAGAUGAAGAGGCUGCAGAAGAUGCAGGACGUCAUAUCCACCAUGCGAGUGAAGCUGAAUCAGAAAGAAAGCGAGGUGACAGUGCCAGGGCUGCAGAGCACCAGAGACGAGGUAUCGCUGCAGGUUCAGCGGCUCAAGGACCAGCUGAGUCGGGACCGUGCGGCCGAGAGGAGCCAGCUUGCCAACCUCACCGUUCAGAGCAACGCUGCAGCCACCAAACUUCAGGGCGUCAUUGCUAAGGGGGAGAAGCUUUUGCGCCUGACUGAGAUGUGCAGCAAGCUAGAGACCGAGCGUGAGAAGCUGCUGCCUUUCUACUCUUCUUCUCUGACUGUGGAGGAAAAACGGCAGGAAAGACUGGAUGCAAUGGAGCCGCCGUCCGAGGAGCUUGCAAAGGCAGCAAUGCUGGACCACGCCGGACCAGGGCGCUUCUGGCAGCGCUACAAUAAGGUCCUGCUGGAGCAGCUUUGUCUGAAGAAAGAGGAAGAGGAGCUGACACGAGAGAACAACCGGCUUCGGGUUCUUUUGCGCCAGUACCUGGACAGCAUGUCCGUCAGCGAAGACGUCCGUCUGAACAGUUCUGCCAUCCUCCUGGUGUCCAAGCCACCCGUUGCCGCGCAAGCAGCUAGGGACCGACAGAACAGACAGCACACUGUCGUUGAAGCGGCGCACGUUGUGCAGCACACCCUGUAAUGCUGCUCGGUUACGUCACUUCCUGCAUGGUCGUGAAGGAACAAGUUUAGUGUGUUCUGUAUUAUCAUGGAUGCUGCUUUCAAAUCCACUCUACAUCUAGGUCCCCAUGCUAAUUUUAAGUCGCGUGCGUUCUUGACACUGACUCAAC